AUGUACAGCUGCCAGCUGUUCAACGCCAACGUCGCACGUUCAACCGACCGUGACCGUGCAGCCGGAAAGUUAGCAGAGAAGCUGCUGCAGUCUGUAAACUUAGCCAGCAACGAGGGGCAGUUCCGUUUGGUUUGGGACCCGGGAGUGCAGCCGAGCUCUGCUUCCCGCUCAACCACUCAACUGACCGAAGAACACACACUACAUGGCAGCAAGUUCGGGACAAAGGAUGCGCAUCUGAUCCGAGAGCAUGAAAUACCAACGAACUCCAGCGUGGUCAGCGGCCGAUUCUCUUCUAGCGGGUUUGAUCUACUGCUGUGGUGGGAAGGCCCCCCAUGGCUCAAGCUAUCUCCUGAACACUGGCCGUCUCAACCGGUGCUGGAUCGUGACGAGGAAGCAGACCAUGAAAGACGUCACGUAGCAGCGAACCUAGCUGGCGGACAGCAGAUAGAUUUCCCGAGUUUCAUCAUCAGCAAGUUUUCCAACUACCGGAGCCUGAUUCGAAGCGUAGCGUACUGGUCGAGGCUGAUGAAGAUCCUGCGGCACGAAGAAGGCGUAGAUCAGCGAGGUCUUCCAACAGCACGGGAGCUGAAGGAAGCGGAACACACCAUGAUUCGUCUCGUGCAGAAGGAAGAAUUCAAGGCGGAGUGGCAAGCACUGUCCAACGGCGAAUCUGUAGGAAGGAACUCACCCCUGCGGUGGUUCAACCCGAAGUUAGCAGACGACAACCUGAUCCGAGUCGGUGGACGGUUAGGUCACUCACAGGAAACCGACAGCACGAAACAUCCGAUAGUUUUACCCGCUCGGCACCCGCUGACCAAGAUGCUGUUCGAGGACUACCACGAACGUUUACUUCACGCGGGACCGCAGCUGAUGCUCGCGACAGUUCGACUCAAGUACUGGCCGCUUGGAGGUCGAAGCGUAGCACGCCAGAUCGUGCACAACUGCCAGCGUUGCUUCCGAACGAAACCCAUCCAAAUCCAGCAGUUCAUGGGAGAACUGCCUUCGGCACGCGUCACGGUGGCGCGUCCAUUUUCCAAGGUCGGCGUGGAUUACUUCGGACCGGUCUACAUUCGCCCCGGUCCGCGUAGAGUAGCCAUCAAAGCUUACGUAGCCGUAUUCGUGUGCAUGUGCACGAAAGCGGCGCAUCUGGAACUGGUAACGGACCUUUCUACCGACCGCUUCAACCAGGCUCUGCGAAGGUUCAUCGGGAGAAGAGGCCUGCCAGCAGAAAUCUUCUCAGACAACGGGACCAACUUCGUUGGCGCUCGUAAUCAACUUCAAAACCUGUUUGAACUGCUUCGCAGCAAGGAUCACAGCGAGAAGGUUUCCAAGGAGUGCGCUGAUCAAGGGAUUCAGUGGCAUUUCAACCCACCGGGCGCUCCCCAUUUCGGAGGACUUUGGGAGGCCGCGGUACGAUCGGCCAAACCCAUCUCCUGA